AUGUUAUUAACAGCUAAUAUAAAUGAUCAAAAUGGAAAUAACCAACAUAUUAAUUCAACUGAUAAUAUAUUUAAAAAUGCAAAUGAUGAAAUUCAUUCGAAUAAACAAAAUCAUCCAUUUGAAAUAAAUCAUUCAGGAUUUUAUCCAACAUCAUGUAUUGAGUUUGAACUUGUUGGUUUAGCUAUAUGUGCUGUAUUAAAUUUUCAAAAAAUUCAUGAAGCUGAAGGAUCAAAUUUUGAUCUUGGUUUUGGUACAACUGUACAAAAUCCAUUAGGUGGUCCGGGUGUCGUUCCAUCUAUCAAUAAUACUUCAAUGACAGCAUAUGAUGAAACAUCCCAAUGUCUACCCGCAUUACGUCUUCUUCGAUAA